AUGUCCACCGACGAAAAUUUUCAAUGCCCUCUUUCCCAAUCGAUGGCAUAUUGGGACGAUCUUGAAAGCCUUGGCGUAGCGGCCACCCCGGUGGUGGAUAGAGGAGCCACGAAUGAAAAGGCUGGCUUCCCCUCGGCUUUUCUGCUUCACAUCGCUAUUAGGUUGGACGGUCGCAUUUUGCGGCAGAAUGAACCAGAACCUGGAAAGACCACGUUGGAGACGGAACCUGGCCAGUCCCCACAUCGUCCUGGACGAUGUAACCGUGUUCGACAGACGCAACGGUUGUCAGAUCCCUCCGGGUAG